UGUGAGAUAAAAUACCCCUCUGUUUCAUCACUGCAUUCCCCUCUCUCUCUCUCUCUCUCUCUCAUAACCUCACUGUGAGAGUUGAAGAAAAUGGCUCUGCUACAAUGAACAACCGUUUCUUCCUCAUCUUCUUCCUAGAAGAUGGCUCUUAGAGAACAACAACAACAACAACAACAAUCUCCCUCAUUCCUCGAUGCCCUUCUCUGUGAAGAGCAACAUACAUUUGAUGAUGAUGAUGAAGAAAAAGCCACUCAUGCUACUGAGUGUCACACCAUUAACGAUGACCCACUCAUCCUGUUCUGGGAGGAGGAUGAUGAGCUUGUCUCGUUAAUCUCGAAGGAACGUGGAGAGACCCAUUUGGGUUCUCUCGAUCUUCAUGAUGGAGGGACUCGUGUUGAGGGUGUGGCUUGGAUUUCUAAAGUCUCUGCGCAUUUUGGCUUUUCUGCUUUGACUACUGUUCUUGCUGUGAGCUACUUUGAUAGGUUCAUUACUAGCCCCAGGUUUCAAAGGGACAAGCCAUGGAUGACGCAGCUUAGUGCUGUUGCGUGUUUGUCUCUGGCUGCUAAAGUGGAGGAGACCCAUGUGCCUCUUUUGUUGGAUCUUCAAGUGGAGGAAUCAAGGUUCGUGUUUGAAGCAAAGACUAUACAGAGAAUGGAGCUUCUAGUUUUGUCAACUCUGAAAUGGAGGAUGCAUCCUGUGACCCCAAUUUCCUUCUUUGAACACAUUAUCAGAAGGCUUGGUUUAAAGACCCGCUUGCACUGGGAAUUCUUGUGGCGCUGUGAGCGAGUUCUUCUCAAUGUCAUUCCAGAUUCAAGGGUUAUGAGUUAUCUUCCUUCUACAUUGGCUGCUGCUGCAAUGAUCCAUGUUAUUAAAGAGAUUGAACCAUUUAAUGCAACUGAGUACAUUGAUCAGCUUAUGGGUUUACUGAAGAUAAGUGAGGAACAAGUGAACCAGUGCUACAAGCUCAUACUGAAGCUGUUAGUCUGCUAUGAAGGCAUUUCCAAUCUUCACCCGAAGCGCAAGCGAUCUGAACCGAGUAGCCCGGGGGGUGUUAUUGAUGCAUCUUUCAGCUGUGACAGCUCAAAUGAUUCAUGGGCCACAACAUCAGCUGUCUCGACUUCACUGGAGCCACUGUUUAAGAGGAGCAGAGCUCAGGACCAGCAGAUGCGGUUGCCUUCUGUGAACCGCGUGUCCAUUGAUGUUCUUAAUAGCCCUCGCUAAUAAUGGUCUUAGUACUUACUUCAUAUGCGGUAGCCCUCUUUCGCAUGAAUCUGUCCGUUAAUGCGAUGUGAAAACAUUAUGUUUUAAGUUAUAUAGAUUACUAGCCAAACAUUUGAAGAUUAAUGAAUGAGGCAGAAUGUCAGAAACUGAGACUCCACCCUCCACUUUGUGGUUUGAGGUGGAUCAGGUAUCUGAUACUGAGUAGAAUGAUGAGUUAUGAACUUGUAAUUCUACCUGUGAGUUUUCUUCCCAGUGCAAUUUUAGUCGUCUUACAUAUAUGAUAUUCUUCAAUGAGCACAA